GUUACAUUUUGGUUAGGAUUCUAGGCCAGAGAUUCUCUCUGACUAGGCUGGCUGGCAUAGGUUAUUAUAACACAACACUGGACUUUAAAUAACUUGUCGGCCUGGAUUAUAGCUAGCAUUUUAAAUGUUUGUAAACUAUUACAAAAUAUAGUAAAUGAUGAAUUUAGUAAAAUUAACCAGGCGCGUCGAUUUCACUAUCAACUUGCUACCAACCGGACAGGCAGUGCAGUAGGUCAGCCCUGGCAUGUCAAUUCGUGCUACACUCGGGGACCGAGGGACUAAGCACUUUCCCAAAUGGAGCAAAGACAGCAGAGACAGAUCAAAUAACACAUUUUCACCCGGCUAUUUUGAAGUGGCCUGAAGGUCCCUCAGGUCAGCAGCUGCCAGGCCAUGGGUGACACGGAGCUGGAGCUGUCUCCAGCCCACCAGGAGGCGCUGCAGAUGCAGAGGACCCCCUCGGCCUCCUCCCUCUCCCUGUCCACCGCCUCCUCUCUCUCGCUGCCCUCCUCCCCUUCCUCGGGCCCCCAGAACCCUGCCGCCUCUGCCUCCGUCUGCGCCAGCUCCAGCCCCAGCCUCAGCGUCAGCCUUAGCACCAGCACCAGUGAUGGGCCGCCCCACCUCAACACCACCACCACCACCAGCAACAGCAGCAGUCCGGCGUCACUGGAUGUCAUCUCGGAGGGCGUGGGGGAGCUGGUCAUCGACCCAGAGGUGGCCAAGCUGGCCUGCCAGGAGGUGCUGCAGAAACUCCAGAAGGGCGGCGCACUGGAGACGCAGACGCAGCUACAACCACCAGCGACAUCGUCCCUCACGGAGGCCCUUCAGGAGCCGGCCCCCAUCCCCACCUGCAUCCCCACUGCCUUGACCAACGGGACCACCACUGUCCUCAAGGAUGCCGAGCCGGCCCUUGCUCUUGCCCCUGCCCCUGGCCCCUCUCCCGCAAAGCCCAGCAUCAAGACUGGCGAAGACAAGGAACCAGAACCGGAGCAGCAGCCUGCAGCGGUGGCGGCAUCUCUAUCAUCAUCAUCACCAUCACCAUCACCUUCCUCAUCGGCGUCGCCAUCCUCAUCCUCGUCUUCGUCUCCAUCUGCUCCUGGUGGGGGUGGUGGUGGCAUCAAGAGCGCUACCCGGCGUCGGCAGAAGCAGCAGCAGCAGCAGCUGCAGCCGCAGCAAAGCAACUCCUCCAAGCAGUCGUGGCUGCUGCGGCUGUUUGAGUCCAAGCUGUUUGACGUGUCCAUGGCGAUCUCCUACCUGUACAACUCUAAGGAGCCCGGCGUGCAGGCCUACAUCGGCAACCGCCUCUUCAGCUUCCUCUACGAGGAGGUGGACUUCUACUUGCCGCAGCUGCUCAACAUGUACAUCCACAUGGACGAGGACGUGGGCGACGCCAUCAAGCCGUACGUGGUGCAGCGCUGCCGCCAGAGCAUCAGCUUCUCCCUGCAGUGCGCCUGGCUGCUGGGCGCCUACUCCUCCGACAUGCACAUCUCCACGCAGCGCUACUCGCGCGGCACCAAGCUGCGCAAGCUCAUCCUGUCGGACGAGCUGAAGCCGGCGGCCUCCCGGCUGCGGCCCCCGCCCCCCAUGCUCUGCCCCCCUCUCCCUCUCUCCCUCUCGGCCGUCUUGCAUCACGAGCAGCACGGCGGCGGCGGCCUGUCGCCCUCCAAGCGCACGCACCAGCGCUCCAAGUCGGACGCCACCGUCAGCAUCAGCCUCAGCAGCAACCUGAAGCGCACCGCCAGUAACCCCAAAGUAGAGGCCAACCAAGAUGAGUCAUCUCUUUCCCAGGAUCUGGCUUCCAGCUCUGACAGUCUUGAGUUGGAGUCUGGUACACCGGUGCGCCUCACGCCUCAGAGGGAGUUCAUCAAGUCCCUGAUGGGCAUCGGCAAGCGUCUGGCCACGCUGCCCACCAAAGAGCAGAAGACGCAGCGCCUCAUCUCCGAGCUCUCGCUGCUCAACCACAAGCUGCCCGCGCGUGUCUGGCUGCCCACCGCCGCCUUCGACCACCACGUGGUGCGGGUGCCACACACGCAGGCCGUAGUGCUCAACUCCAAGGACAAGGCUCCGUACUUGAUCUACGUGGAGGUGCUGGAGUGUGAGAACUUCGAGACUUCCAACGUGCCCGUGCGGAUCCCGGAGACGCGCAUCCGCAGCACACGCUCCGUGGAGAACCUUCCCGACUGUGGCGUCACACCGGAGCAGCGUGCCACCAGCUUCUACCCGGUGCCCAACUACGACAACGACGACGAGGCCUGGUCUGUGGACGACAUAGGAGAGCUCCAAGUGGAGUUGCCUGAGAUCCACACCAACAGCUGUGACAACAUCUCCCAGUUCUCAGUGGACAGCAUCACCAGCCAGGAGAGCAAGGAGCCCAUCUUCAUCGCGGCAGGAGACAUCAGGCGGCGUCUCUCGGAGCAGUUGGCUCAGACGCCCACCACCUUUAAAAAGGACCCUGAGGACCCCUCCGCAGUGGCACUCAAGGAACCCUGGCAGGAGAAAGUCAGGCGGAUAAGAGAGGGCUCCCCCUAUGGCCACCUCCCUAAUUGGAGACUGCUCUCCGUCAUCGUCAAGUGUGGAGACGACUUGCGGCAGGAGCUCUUGGCCUACCAAGUGCUCAAACAACUACAGUCGAUCUGGGAGCAGGAGCGCGUGCCGCUGUGGAUCAAGCCCUACAAGAUCCUGGUGAUCUCAUCGGACAGCGGCAUGAUCGAGCCAGUGGUGAACGCCGUGUCCAUCCACCAGGUGAAGAAGCAGAGCCAGAUGUCUCUGUUGGACUACUUCCUGCAGGAGCAUGGUAACUACACCACCGAGGCCUUCCUCACCGCACAGAGGAACUUCGUGCAGAGCUGCGCCGGCUACUGCCUCAUCUGCUACCUGCUGCAGGUCAAAGACAGGCAUAAUGGGAACAUCUUGCUGGACGCUGAAGGACACAUCAUUCACAUCGACUUCGGCUUCAUCCUCUCCAGUUCUCCCCGGAAUCUGGGCUUUGAGACGUCAGCCUUCAAACUAACCAGCGAGUUUGUUGAUGUGAUGGGCGGUCUGGAUGGAGACAUGUUCAACUACUACAAGAUGCUGAUGCUGCAGGGCCUCAUAGCUGCCCGUAAGCACAUGGAGAAGGUGGUCCAGAUCGUGGAGAUCAUGCAGCAAGGUUCUCAGCUGCCAUGUUUCCAUGGCUCGAGCACCAUCCGCUACCUGAAGGAGCGUUUCCACAUGAGCCUGACUGAGGAGCAGCUGCAGGUGCUGGUGGAGCAGAUGGUGGACGGCUCCAUGCGCUCCAUCACCACCAAGCUCUACGACGGCUUCCAGUACCUCACCAACGGCAUCAUGUGACCGCCGCGUCAUGUGACUUCACCAACGGCAUCAUGUGACCGCCGCGUCAUGUGACCUUGUCAUGUGACCGCUACAUCAUGUGACCUCUUGUCAUGUGACAGCCUCGUCAUGUGACCUCUUGUCGUGUGACCUCCACGUCAUUUGACCUCUUGUCAUGUGACCUCCAUGUCAUUUGACCUUUUGUCAUGUGACCCUCACGUCAUGUGACCCUCACGUCAUGUGACCUCUCGUCAUGUGAUCUUUUGUCAUGUGAUCUGACCUACCUUCUGCUUCUGGGGCCGACCGGACCUCACCGGACUGGACUGGACUGUUGUUGUCAUCGGGGUGCCGGGUGUGGGGGUCGGAAAGGUGGAGAUGGAGGUGGAUGGAGAAGAAGCAACUUUCUCUUGACUUGAGCCGGACUUUGACUCCUCUUAGAGUUGAUGGGUGAUAAUGGACCACAGUGAGCACAGGACUUGUUUUGUUUGUUGUUUAUUUGUUUUUGUUUGGUUCUUUUUUAAGCAAAUGAAAGGCGGCACCACUUGCAAUGCAAAAGACCACUCCUCUUCCUCCACAUCCUUUGCCUCCUUUUCCUUCUCAAGAUGUUCUCGCUUCCCUCAAGACCUCAUCUUUAUGACUCUGAAGUCAACACACACACACACACACACACACACACACACACACACACACACACACACACACACACACACACACACACACACACACACACCUACCUACCUUUUUCCUUUGUGUUUCUGAGUUCUCGAGAGCCAGCUAGACUGAUAUCUUAGCUCAUGGAUUUUAUACCCUGACUGAAGAGGUCUCUGCUGUGAAGUUCAACUUUUUUUUCAUUUCAACCCCCGCCCUACCCCACCCCAUUUCUGUUCCUGUAAUUCUAUCAUUGUGUUUAAUUUC